CGCCCUCUUGGCCCCGCUGCCCGCACGCCAGCAAGAUGGCGGCGCCCAGCGAGCCCGCGGGUUUCCCUCGCGGCAGUCGCUUCUCCUUCCUGCCGGGCGGAGCGCGCUCCGAGAUGACCGAGGACCUGGUGACUGACGCGCGGGGCCGCGGCGCAAGGCAUAGAGAUGACACCGCCCCUGCCGCGGCCCCGGCGCCGCAAGGUUUGGAGCACGGCAAGCGACCGUGCCGGGCCUGCGUGGACUUCAAGUCGUGGAUGCGGACCCAGCAGAAGCGGGACAUCAAGUUUAGGGAGGAUUGUCCACAGGAUCGGGAAGAAUUGGGUCGCAACACCUGGGCUUUCCUCCAUACGCUGGCCGCCUAUUACCCGGACAUGCCCACGCCAGAACAGCAACAGGAUAUGGCCCAGUUCAUACAUAUAUUUUCCAAGUUUUACCCCUGCGAGGAGUGUGCGGAAGACAUAAGGAAGAGGAUAGGCAGGAACCAGCCAGACACGAGCACUCGAGUAUCCUUCAGCCAGUGGCUGUGCCGCCUGCACAAUGAGGUGAACCAGAAGCUGGGCAAGCCUGAUUUUGACUGCUCAAGAGUCGAUGAGCGUUGGCGUGACGGCUGGAAGGACGGCUCCUGUGACUAGAGGGUUACCAGCAGGGUGUGUUGGGGCAUCUAGCUUCCAUGGGCAACCUGGCUAUCGAGGGACAGCCUGAUUGAUUAAAGUGCAUCUGAGCCAACACUUGUUUCUGUGGUGGGGGGAGGGAUCCCCAGAAUACUGCCUAUGGGAACCCUACCACAGGAUUAAGAGGUGCCUACUAUAGACACUUGGAUGGCCUCCUCAGCUAAAGCCUCAUGGGACUGAAGGUGAGAGGCAGGAGUGGUCCAUGGUGCUCCGCACCCUUUAUAAUUUAACCCAUUAAUACAUUUGGGACAUAGUUACCCCAAAGGAAGAUGGGCUAGACCGUUGCCUUCCUACUACCUAGCCCUGGCUGCCUGGGUUUUUCUCUUAGGGUGUACCAACCAUGGGGCCCACUGUCAGCCUGGCACAUGGUCUUCUGCAGCAGUGACAAGCAUGUCAGCAGAGGAUCCUGGGAACAGCUUCCUUAGCAUUUGAGACCAAAAUAAAACGAAGUGACUUAG